GAGCGUUUAGUAAAAAAGAUAUGGCGAGUUAGCCUGGAUUGGAUUCAAUCACGCCUUGCAGUGGUGUUUGCGUAUCAGUUGAAAAUGACGGCAAUGCUGUAGAGAAACUUUCACAGACUCUCCGCUCGGUUCGCCGCCUUCACCGUUUGCUUCUGGCGCCAAGCCCGCUCCAGUGCGGCACACUCUCUUGAGCACCUGAUUUUCCAUAAUUCUGUAAUUUCACGUCAACAAUAGUCCAUUCAGAGGCUGCGCGGCGCCUGCUCUGCCAGGUGAUCCUGCGGAUGCACUCUAACGAGCGGACGGCGUAUCGUUUGAACCUCCACCCACCCCACAACCUACGAAAGCUGGGCGCAAGCUACAACUGAGAUAUUUACACCCAGCCUCAACACGUACCUCUAGCCAGGAUGACUCCUGUGAACCUCCCUCGAGCUGAGUCGGACAAGGUCGCCUCUCCCUUCCUUCGUCUUGCAGGCGAGAUCCGCAACAAGAUAUACGAGCUUGCCCUGACCUCUCCCAACAAGCAACUCGUGUAUCUCGACAAACCUCUAGCCUCGAAGCCUGGACUGUACAAUGCGACGAUGACCAUACCAAACGACGGCCGUGGCUUCGUUGAACCUAGUUUCUUGGAUACUGUCAACUCCGCUCGUGAGUUCAAUCAGCUCAAGCUGGUGUGCCGGCAACUACACAAUGAGACAGCUGGACUCGAAGUCAGGUUCAACACCAUAGUCUGGAUGGGCUGUACCCCUCUCUCUAAACGCGUUCGCGGAGAUCUUCCAUCGAAGCUUCCUCCCUCGUGGGAGCAGAAUCUUCACACCCUCGUCAUGCGCCCCCCGACCUUUCAGCGCUUGGGCGGCUCACUGGACGACAUCAGCAAAGUUGGCUCGUACUUCCACCCAGACGGGGCGAAUGCUCGCUUCGUCUGCAGUGUCCUGGACUUUUGCUGCAAGUACCCCAAUGUCAAAGUAGCUUGGGUGAUGGAAGGUUUCUUCGUGGAGAGCGCACUCCUUAACGACUUCGUCAGCGUAGCGGAUGCCAUCUGCACCGUCGUCCGAGGUCCUUCGACGAGUGAGUUAAGUCAUUACAGGGGAGCCUUCCUGACGACCUGGCUUUCUGGACAGGUCGCAGUCUAUGCGAAAACUGCGAGGGAACAAGGACACAGCUUUGCGAACCUCAGAAUCUAUCCGGAAGGCAAGUACUUCCCACGUUUCGCUUCUACCUACAGGCAUCUCUUUCCUGGCGUACCAUCGAACGCUCUUCCUAACCUUCUUGGUUGGGAUCCGAAGAAGAUGGAUCGUGAGAUUCAUCAGGUCUAUAGGGCCGGUGUCUGAGGUGGACGUGCUUAUCUCAGCAUACGGAGCUAGAAUGCAGCGCCAAUACUGACUGAGACAAGGGAUACCGCUUCGUAUGCAAGAGGAGAUCGGCGGGACGUUGGGAUACUCAGGCGGAGGGAUUGUGAUGGAGACUCUACUUCAUGCCGCGGGAU